CGUCUUACCUAAAUUGACAGUGGAGGGCAGCGUUUUUCCUCCCUGCAUAUACAACCUGCCGGAAUUUCAAUAGAAGAAGAAGGAACUUUUUCUUUUUUUCUCCCCGGGUUUCUAAAAUACUAGCUACGUGACGUAGCUUUGUGCUGUUGACAUAACAUGAUUUCUAGUUUGCAAAAAAACAUUAUAACUUACUUCGUGUUGGAUAUCUGAAGGAGACGUUCAACGCUGCCUAACGCGGAGGAUGAAGGUAAAGAUCCGACAGUGGAACGGAGUGGCCUCUUGGUUAUGGGUGGCUAAUGACGAAAACUGUGGGAUCUGCAGGAUGCCCUUCAAUGGCUGCUGCCCAGACUGUAAAGUGCCUGGGGAUGACUGCCCACUGGUCUGGGGUCAGUGCUCUCACUGUUUCCACAUGCACUGCAUCUUGAAAUGGCUGAACUCGCAGCAGGUCCAGCAGCAGUGCCCCAUGUGCCGACAGGAGUGGAAGUUCAAAGAAUGAACCUGUGGAGUAUGCCUGCAGAGACUCUUGUCGGAUAUCAUUUUUAUAUCAGCUGUACAUAACUAUGUUUUUCUACUUCUCUAUUUGAUGUAAUGCAAAGGACACUUGAAACCUACUGUAUCCCGUUUGCAGAUUUAGUAUGUGAUUAAAUGGAAGGGGAAAAAACCUACACUGUACUGUAUGCUUCUUGCUUUGCACGGUACAUGUGAGUGACAAAGUGUUUCAUCAGAAUGGUUGAUUUCCCUUAGAAGCCUCUGGCAGCAGUUUGAAGCAUAUGACCUGAAUGUCAGCGUGCUGCUGACUGAUUCUGACUUUAAUCCCUCUCCGUGAGAUUAACCAGAUUGUUUUGUGUUUCCACUAAUGAGCCUCAAGAGGCUCUUAAUAAGUUGUUUAUAGAUA